GCGCCCGGAACCUUCGGCAGCUCACACGCCACUCCACCUACCCGAGAGCCCGCGACGGUGCUGGGAGCCAGGUCCCCCAGCCGUUCCCCCAGCCUCUCCGUGCGCCCCUGCGCAGCCCGCCCGCCAUCCACCAGGAGCCCGCCCCGCCGCCGCGCUGCACGACCAGAGUGCGCCCUCUUCCCUUGCAGGGACAGGGGGCCCCGCCACUGUCAUGCUGCCGGUCUUCUACACGGUGCUGGCGGGGUUGCUGCUCCUGCCGCUGGUGGUGAAUCUCUGUUGCCCCUACUUCUUCCAGGACACGGGCUACUUCCUCCUGUUGGCCGGCUUGGCCCGGCGGAUACGCAGCUACGGGCAACCGGGGCAGGUGCGCACCAUCCUGCAUGUCUUUCUGGAGAAAGUGCGCCAGACUCCACACAAGCCUUUCCUGGUCUUCCGCGAUGAGACGCUCACCUACGCCCAGGUGGACCGACGCAGCAACCAAGUGGCGCGGACGCUGCACGACCACCUCGGCCUGCGUCAAGGAGACUGCGUGGCGAUCUUCAUGGGCAAUGAACCCGCCUACGUAUGGCUGUGGCUGGGGCUGCUCAAGCUGGGUUGUGCUAUGGCGUGCCUCAACUGCAACAUCCGCGCGAAGUCCCUGUUGCACUGCUUCCAGUGCUGCGGGGCGAAGGUGCUGCUGGCCUCGCCAGAACUACAAGCAGCUGUUGAAGAGGUGCUGCCAAGCCUGAAAAAAGAUAAUGUGUCCAUCUAUUAUGUGAGCAGAACUUCCAACAGAGAUGGGGUUGACUCUUUCCUAGACAAAGUGGAUGAAAGGUCCACUGAACCUAUCCCAGAAUCAUGGAGGUCUGAAGUUACUUUUUCCACUCCUGCCCUAUACAUCUAUACUUCUGGAACCACAGGUCUCCCAAAAGCUGCGACAAUCAAUCAUCGUCGCAUUUGGUACGGAACUGGCCUCUCUACUAUCAGCGGGUUUAAGAAAGAUGAUAUCAUCUAUACCACCCUCCCUUUGUACCACAGUGCUGCCCUUAUGAUUGGUCUACACGGAUGUAUUUUGGCUGGUGCUACUCUUGUUUUGCGGAACAAAUUUUCAGCCAGCCAGUUUUGGGAUGACUGUAGAAAAUACAACAUCACUGUCAUUCAGUAUAUCGGUGAACUGCUUCGGUAUUUAUGCAACUCACCCCAGAAACCAAACGAUCGUGAUCACAAAGUGAGAAUUGCCUUGGGAAAUGGCUUGCGAGGAGAUGUGUGGAGAGAAUUCAUCAAGAGAUUUGGGGACAUUCACAUUUAUGAGUUCUAUGCUUCCACUGAAGGCAAUAUCGGCUUUACAAAUUAUACGAGAAAAAUUGGUGCUGUUGGAAGAGUAAACUACCUACAGAGAAAAGUCAUAAAUUAUGAGCUGAUUAAAUAUGAUGUGGAGAAAGAUGAACCUGUCCGAGAUGAAAAUGGAUAUUGCAUUAAAGUUCCCAAAGGUGAAGUCGGACUCCUGGUUUGCAAAAUCACACAACUUACACCAUUUAGUGGCUAUGCUGGAGGAAAGUCUCAGACAGAGAAGAAAAAAUUAAGAGAUGUCUUUAAGAAAGGAGACCUCUAUUUCAACAGUGGAGAUCUCUUAAUGAUUGACCACGAAGAUUUCAUCUACUUCCACGAUAGAGUUGGAGAUACAUUCCGGUGGAAAGGGGAAAAUGUGGCCACCACUGAAGUUGCUGACGUAGUAGGACUGGUUGAUUUUGUCCAAGAAGUGAAUGUUUAUGGAGUGCAUGUGCCAGGUCAUGAGGGUCGAAUUGGUAUGGCCUCGAUCAAGAUGAAGGAAGACCAUGAAUUUGAUGGAAAGAAAGUUUUUAAGCAUGUUGCAGAUUACCUGCCCAGUUACGCAAGACCCCGGUUUCUAAGAAUACAGGACACCAUUGAGAUCACUGGAACUUUUAAACACCGCAAAGUGACCCUUGUGGAGGAGGGCUUUAACCCUGCCGUCAUCAAAGAUGCCUUGUAUUUCUUGGAUAACAAAGCAGAAAUGUAUGUGCCUAUGACUGAGGACAUUUACAACGCCAUAAAUAGUGAAACGCUGAAACUCUGAAUCUGCCCAGGAUGAUAACUCAUACUCUUCCCAGAAAGAAACUUAAUGGGCCUACUACAGCCACGUAAUAUAAUCCAACUUUAAUUCGAUUGAAGAUUGUGAGGUGCACGUUUUAUGCAUUCCAAUAAGAGACGACUUUUUGAAAUCACACCUGAACCUUUGUAAGUGAAGAGAUUUAGAGAUAAUUGUUUUUCGGUUUGCACCUACUGUUUGUGUUUGUAAACUAACCUUGUUAGAGCAAAGGCGUUCUUUUUUUUAAUAUAUAAUAAAAUAGAUGAACGCCAAUAUUUGA